UUCCAAGCGCCACGGCGAAUGUCUACGUUAGAAAACUCUCGCCAAAUAUAAACAUCGAGCUCAAGGAGAGACCGAGGGGGAGAUUUGACGACAGAUUUCUCGCGAAGCGAAGAAGCUUCCAUUGCCAGAUCCCUCCCGCUUCCGCCCCCGUUGUUCCAUUCGAGCCCACCGUUUCCACCAACGCUCCCUCCUCCUCGGAGCGACCCGCCCGCCGCGCUCGGCCGACAUGUGGGCCCCGGCGGCCUCGCCGGCGGGCAGAGCGCCCCGACCACCCCUGCGGUUGCCGGCGGUGGUUCGGGUCGUCGUCCCGCUGCCUGUCGCGGCGAGGGCGCGGCGGCUGCCGCUGCAGCCCAGUCGGCUCUGCCUAGCCGCGCCGCGUGCAUCGGAAAUGGCGGCCGCGGCCGAGGACGGGGAGGGGGAGGGGGAGAGGAGGUGGUGGAGGGGCGCGGAGGAGAUGGACGCGGCUGUGAGGCGCGAGCUGGCGAUCCGGAGGCUGCAGGAGGAAGCGGAGGAGGCGGGGACGGGGAGGAGUAGGCGGGAGUUCGCCGUGUUCGAGACGGCAAGGGGAGACACGCUCUUCACCCAGUCGUGGACUCCCGCCGCCGCCGACCCCGUCAGGGGUAUUGUUGUUCUGCUACAUGGUCUGAAUGAGCAUAGUGGAAGAUACGACCAUUUUGCAAAGUUGUUGAAUGAUCAAGGUCUUAAAGUUUAUGCGAUGGACUGGAUCGGACAUGGCGGAAGUGAUGGUGCGCAUGGUUAUGUUUCAUCGCUUGAUCAUGCUGUUGGUGACUUGAAAGAAUUUUUAGAGGAUGUCGUCUUAGAAGAAAACUAUGGCUUGCCAUGCUUCUUAUUUGGCCACUCCACAGGUGGAGCUAUUGUUUUGAAGGCAGCACUAGACCCUUGUGUGGAAGUUCAUAUAGAAGGUUUGAUCUUGACCUCGCCAGCUAUUCACGUUCAGCCAUCUCAUCCGAUUAUCAAAGUUGUUGCACCAAUCUUCUCGGUGCUAGCUCCGAAAUACCGGGUUAGUGCUUUGCAUAAGAGAGGACCUCCUGUUUCCCGUGAUCCAGAGGCUCUGAAGAUCAAGUAUGCAGAUCCACUUGUGUAUACUGGACCGAUUAGAGUUAGAACAGGCAACGAAAUCCUCCGGAUAUCAUCAUACUUGCAGAGAAACUUAAGUAGAGUUACAGUCCCUUUUCUAGUUCUUCAUGGGACAGCUGACACGAUAACUGACCCAAGAGCAUCCCAACGACUUUACCAAGCAUCAAUGUCGACUCAUAAAUCGAUAAAGCUAUAUGACGGAUAUUUGCAUGACCUUCUCUUCGAGCCUGAAAGGGAUGAUAUAGCCAAUGACAUCAUCACUUGGUUGAGUUCAAGACUUAAUGCUCUCCACAGAUGGUAGUGUUGUUCACAAAUUUGUACCUAAACUAUUAUCAGAAGAUAUCUGUAUGAGGUUUGAGGUACCCCCUCUGUUCCACAGCAGCAUGCAUCGUUUCCUUUGAAAUUUUGGUCUAUACGUCGUUUGUC